AUGCCCCACAUUGAUUCUUCCCCCGCAACGAACAAAAUCCCUCCCUUCCUCACCACAUCCUCGCCCUCAUGCCCCUCUCAGUCAAUCCCUCAUGCUGAAAAACAGCCGGCCUUCACCCGGACCGCCAGAAUAUCUGACGCAAGCAACGGGGCCCGCGUGCCAAUGCGCGCAUGCGACGGACAACUGAAUAGCGCGGUGCUACCACGGACACACGAAGGGCACAAAAGGGUGCCUGGAUCUAUCCCGUCCGAUAUAAAGCGCCACUAUUACUGCCAAGCCGCUCGAGAGGAGAUCCGGGAAGUCAUUAAUGAUGUAGAGCCUCGUACCACUCAUCAUCCGUUACCCGCGACCCAGAGGUUUUCGAAUUUUCUGGAACAGGCAAGGAGGCUGAGCCUAGUCAAUGAUCCAGCCACCCUACAUCAGGAAAUCUCAUCCCAGUUCCAGAUUCGGCAGCAGAGUGAUGCGUUUACUCUUGCAGCGUCCGGAGUCAGCAGCUCUGCAACGAUGGAAUCGACUCCUGCUGAGUCUAUCCUCCAAUUCGAUCCACUCCUUUUUGAUCCCUCUUCUGUACAUCCCAUACAUGAUUCCGUGAAUCUCGUCGAUGGCGCACCAGAUCGGGUGGUAUAUCUUAGUCCCACUGGCUCGGAGGGACCCAGCCAUCACUCAAGACCGUCGACACUACCCGCACAUCCCGAACCAGACGGGACCCCUCAAGAUAUUCACGUGGUCAUCGAGAGCUUGAGGCUGUUCUUACGAUACUGCGGAUACGAACUUGUUCGUAUCAGAUGA